UGAAAGAAAGCAUGAAUGAGACGAGUUUACGCAACCGAACGACUCGAGAACGAUAUUAUACCACGAGAAUUAAUGCUGAACCAGUCAUUCUCUUGUUGGUGGACUGCAGCGCCCUCCGACAAUGUUGUGUCACAUCGCGCCACCCGAGAAACGACAAAGCUGUAUAUUGUCGUACGGAGGGCGUGGUUUCAGUCGACUGCUUUGUGUCUUGAGGUUAUUUAUAUUGUAGAUUUUGACUGUCUAACUUGUAGUCAAGUAGUCACACUGGUGAAUAGUGACAGUAUGUCGUGGCGAUUCAAAGCUUCCAAAUACAAGAAUGCUGCUCCAAAGGUGCCCAAACCUGAUGAGUGGGUUAGAGACCUCAAUAUUGGUUCCUACCAGAUCAAUGGGCAGGUUAUCAAGGCCUCAGCAUCAUUCAUGGCAUUCAAUGCUGAUGUGGCAGGGAGCAACUUGUAUGUCAUUCCUCUAAACGACACAGGAAGGAAGCCUAAAAACUACCCACUCCUCCAUGCUCAUUCCGAUUUAGUCACUGAUUUGGAUUUCUCUCCUUUUGACGAUGGAUUAUUGGCUACAGGGUCCCAAGAUUCCAUGAUUAAACUAUGGAGCAUUCCAGAAUGUGGAUUGUCAGAGACCGUAAUGACGCCAGAGUGCACACUGACGCGUGCUCACCAGCGUCGAAUAGAGAAUGUCUUAUUUCAUCCUGUCGCCGAUUUUUUACUUUCCACGUCGUCCGGAAAUGCAUUGACCUUGUGGGAUAUCCACAAACAAGAAGAGCUCAUGACUUUGAACAAUGAAGAAGACGUUUUUCAAAGUCUUUCGUGGAAGGCAGACGGGAGCAUGCUGGCAACCACUUCCAAAGAUAAAAAAGUUCGUAUUUGGGAUCCGAGAGCUAAUUCGGUUACCCAUUCGGCCGAUAGUCAUUCGAGUAACCGCGAGUCUGUAACCACUUGGCUGGGGGCUUCUAAUCGUAUCCUCACUUCCGGAUUCGAUUCGAGCCGCCAGCGUCAGGUGUUCGUUAGGGACGUGCGCAACUUUGCCCAAGUGGAAUUUUCUCUAGUCUUCGAUAGCUCAACUGGGUUGUUGCUCCCACUCUUUGAUGCUGAUACUCAAAUGCUGUUUUUGGCCGGAAAAGGCGACAAUACCAUCGGUUUCCACGAGGUGAACGAACGUGAUCCCAUCCUCACCGAAGGCUUGAGGCAUACAGGUCAGCAAAGCAAAGGUGCUUGUCUAGUCCCUAAACGUGCGUUGCGAGUCAUGGAAGGCGAAGCUAACCGCGUAUUGCAGCUGACGGCCAACGCCGUUGUUCCCAUAUCGUAUAUUGUCCCACGCAAGUCUUACAGAGAGUUUCACGCCGAUCUGUUUCCGGAAACAGCUGGCUCAGAAUCGCCCAUCUACGCUAGUCAAUGGAUGACGGGAACCAAUGCCACGGUCGAGAAAAUACUCUUGGAUCCAAGCCGUUGGCAAGGGAAAAAUCUCCAUAUCAUUCGGGGUCCAUUAAGCCAGCGCAAAGAGGAAGUCAAGGUGGUCAAGACAGUGCCUACACCCAAACCGCGAAAAUCUGUUUCCGACGAAGGGAGUUUAUCUUCUAAUAACAUAAUGCCUAAGCCUUUUGUCGCUCCCAAACCAUCGCCACGUUUUAGUUCUAACGAAGGCAAUGGAACAACGGAGAAUCAAGGGGGUCCCCGACCCGUAGCCGUCAGACGCUCGUCUUCAUUACGAACCGGGCCGUCUGCGACGCUGGAAGAGAAAGAAAACAACACCAACGGUAAUUUGACCGACAUGAGCGCUAAAAAGCGCAGUGAUAGUGAUCGUACAGUCAACCAGGCAAAGAACGGUGAAGAGGAUGAUGUGUUCAAAGUUCCCACAACGGCCCAACGCCGACAAAUGUUCCAGGAUCGCAUCAAUUCCGUUCAGGAAACGUCAUCUGGUUCGAAUGUCGUGGACAGCAGCUCAGCCAAUGCCGUGGCUGCCUCUCCUCUCCCCAAAAGGGCCACUCGUAUUUUCGGUCGGGUGGCCAAAUUCCGUCAUCUUCACGGCACAGUCAUGCCGCGCAAUACUCAUUUGGAAAACUUUCGCGGCCUUGACAACGCUCUACCCACCGAGUGUAACGGUUUCCACGGUAAUCCGGAACGCGUGGCCGUUCCGCUCAACGGCCCUGGUGGUCGGAUCGCUAUUUUGGAACUGAAGAAAGGCGGUCGUCUACCCGACGGUCCCUUGGCAGCCUUUUUCAAUACGUGCAAAGUAUUGGAUUUCUCUUGGGAUCCUUUUAAUAGCCGUCGGCUGGCCGUCGCUUGUGAUGAUGGACGUAUUCGCCUUUGGGAAGUCAAUGGCGAUGGCGGAAUCCUUAUGGAAUCGUCGAAUGAGCCGACUAAAAUGCUGGAAGUGGCCCAAAACACGGACAGGAUAACUGUUGUAGUCUUUCAUCCGCUGGCCGCUGAUGUGAUGGCUUCCGUUUCUGCCGAUUACGUCAUUCGCAUAUGGGACAUUGAAAGUGGCGCCGUCACUGUCCAACUGGAACCUCAUCCCGAUCAGGUUUUCGGCGUGGCAUGGAGUCCAUGUGGAUCUUAUAUCGCGUCCGUGUGCAAGGACGGAAAGGUGCGAAUUUUCGAGCCCCGUGCCAGUAGAGCAGCCGUUCGCCAAGGUGCCGGCCCUAAUGGAGUCAAAGGCGCUCGUGUUACAUGGGCCCUAGAUGGCAAAUUCCUCUUGGUCUCCGGUUUUGACAAGUCAUCGCAACGGCUCUUGUACGUUUUCCGGUCGACGGAUCUUACCACUUCGCUGAAUACGCUCAAUUUGGACGUCUCGCCUACUUUACUCAUUCCGUAUUACGACGAAGACAGCGCAACACUUUUCCUAACCGGAAAGGGAGACACUACAAUUCACUGUUAUGAAGUAUCAGAAGAUCCACCGCACCUUUUCCCGCUGAGCCACCACAAAUGUUCGACUGCUCUUCAGGGAUUGGCCUUAUUGCCAAAACACGUCUGUCAAGUGAAAGAUGUGGAAUUUGCACGUUUCGUCACGCUGACAUCCAACUCGAUUGAGCCGCUGUCUUUCACAGUUCCUCGUGUCAAGAAUGAUUAUUUCCAAGAUGAUUUAUUUCCGCCAACCAAAGUCUUGUGGCAACCCAGUAUGACGGCCAGCCAGUGGUUCGCCGGAGCCAACAUUCCACCGAAACGGAUGGAUCUCAAACCAAACGAUAUGGAAACGCUUUCGAGUCUAAAGGCUCAGUCAACGACGCCAUCGGCGUCAACAGCCCCGCCCAUCGCCGAGCCGAUUGUAUCUUCAAUCAACGGUGGUGUUGGUGGCGGUUUCUUAUCCGCUGUCAGCGCACGCAAAGAGCGUGAAAAAGGAGCGCAGCUGGAAGCGGCCAUCAGUUCCCAGCUGGAGGUGAAUUUGACUCUGGAACAGGACGGCAUGGUGGGAGUCGACGAAUCGGAAUGGGAUAAUUAACGAACCGUUUUCAACAGCUGGAUGGAUGCAGGGAUCAAGAAUGAAAAGCGGUAAAAUGGAUUGCUAAAGCUUCUACCUUAUUAUCAUAUCCAACGCGAAUGGAAAACGAAAAGAAACAAACUUGAGAAAUUCCAUUUUUCAUAUCUCUUUUUUUUCCCCUAAAAAAAAAAAAAGUCUCGAUUCGUUUUUUUUUUAACGUCAGUUUUUUUUGUGUGUCGUGAUCGUUUUUUCUCAUCUUUUCUAUCUCUUUCAAGAAAUAGCUUCCGUCUUCGUGUCAAACCCAUUAUGUAAUAGCUUUUCCAUCGUCUGUGUCAGUGCCAAUGUCUUUUAUCUCUUUUUCUUCUUCGACAAAAAGAGGAAGAGAGAAGGGAAAAGAGUACAUCAUUGGGAAACACUU